AGCGCGAACCCCGAGUUCUCAACGGCGAUACCCCAGUCGAGCAACAGUGCGGGGAUUCCACGAUGCUGAUCCUGUACUUUAUAUCUCGAUCCUGGCAGAAUUAUCCCAGAAAUACCCUACCCCGCGUCAGCCUGGGGUGCUAGAGGCCCAGCGAUGGAGUCUGGCCGUUGGAGUUGGUAAGAUCAUCUCGGGUCAUCUUCAAGGCCAGAAACCGAGUCUACUACUUCCUUAUGUAGUCAAGGCCUACAUAAGACCUCCCGGGUCCCUAUAUAUAUCUAUGUCACCAACAAACUGUCUAAUUAUGCUCACCUUAUUGUCUAGCCGGGGUAUAUGGGUGUUCGUAUCGUUUCUCCCAUACGUUCUGGGCGAGUGCUGGCGAGACGGUCCCUGCGAUGGUCCACAGUCAGCAUCUUUCACAGGUCCAUGGGACAAGUACAACUUUGCCCCCCAAACGCGCUUUGUCACACCCGUCAAUGUGAUCUCUUUCCCCGAAGGAGAGUUUGUGUCCGCAUACGACGAGGAUGAGAAAUGGACACUAGAUAGCGAGACGCCCGAGCUCGUUCUCGACUUUGGCUAUGAAGUGGGCGGCAUCAUCUCUCUCGACUAUGACCAGCUCGGAGACGGCCCCUCAGCCUUGGCUCUGGCUUUCACGGAAGCGAAGAACUACAUCGGUCACGAGUCGGACAGCUCUAACGGCAGUCCAGAGUAUCCAGAUCUGCAUCUGACGCACAAGAUCAACUCGACUGGUCCUGGGGCAUACACGAUGCCAGAUGCCAGUCUUCGGGGUGGCUUCAGAUACCUGACACUAUACCAAGAAGAAGACGAUGCACCCCCACUGCACAUUCACAAUGUUCGACUUGAGAUUAGCUUCCAGCCUACUUGGCCCGACAUGCGCGCGUACCAGGGUUAUUUCCACUCGGAAGACGAGCUUCUCAACAGGAUCUGGUACAGCGGCGCCUACACCCUGCAGACAAACUCGGUGCCCAGCUAUACCGGGCGUGUGGAUGUCGGCACUAUCGAGGAAGGAUGGAAAAAUGACGCAUUCGUUGGUCCUGGCGGCACGGUGCUUCUCGACGGCGCCAAACGUGAUCGGUGGGUUUGGAUUGGUGAUAUGGGAACGGCCGUCCCCAGCGCGUUUGUUAGCACGGGCGACAUGGCGAGCACGCGAAACGCCUUGCAGGUUAUGUUUGACAAUUUGAGAGAUGACGACGUUUUGCCCAAGGCAGGUCCGCCAUACCUGGCGUACAACAGUGACACCUACCACAUGUGGACCAUGAUCGGGGUCUACAACUACGUUUUGUACACAGGUGACAUUGACUGGCUGGAGCCAAUCUGGCCCAAGUACAUCAGAGCCCUCAACUAUGCACGCGGGCUCGUGGACGACAAGGGCAUUGUGAGUGUCAAGGGUACAGCUGACUGGGCUCGGUGGCUGUACUCGAAUGAGCGAUCGUCUGCCAGCAUGCUCUUAUAUCGAGCUCUCCAGACGGGUGCUGAGAUUGGUACAUGUGGACAAAAGAAGCAGAGACUCUCAAGAGAAGCCAUCAUGGCUGAGCUUUGGGACGAGUCGACAGGGGCUUUUCGGGAGAGUCCUGACGAUGUCUCUCUAUUCCCACAGGAUGCCAACAGCAUGUCUCUUGCCUUUGGUGUCCUCGAGAGAGGGAGCGAGGAAGCAGAGCGCGUCUCCUCGUACCUCGAGUCAAACUGGACGCCUAUCGGCCCUGAAGUUCCCGAGCUACCGGGUAACAUCUCCCCGUUUGUCACGAGUAUUGAACUCUUUGGUCAUUUUCGAGCUGGUCACCCUGAGCGUGCUGUGCAGCUCAUGCGCGACGCAUGGGGCUGGUACAUUAAUCACCCCAACGGCACAGGCUCUACUGUCGCAGAAGGCUACCGCGUCAAUGGGACAUGGGGCUAUCGGACUGAUAGGGGGUACAAGGACGAGACGUACAUGUCUCACGCGCACUGCUGGAGCAGCGGGCCCACGUCUUCUCUGACGGAGCGCCUCGUUGGUCUUCAGGUGACGGCGCCAGCGGGAGAGGAGUGGCAGUUUGUCCCCGAGACUGGUGUUGAUGGACUGGGCGAGGCUGAGGCAGGUUUCACUACAAAAUUAGGCAAAUUCUCAGCGAGCUUCAAGGUGGACAGGAGUCGUGUGCAUCUCAAGUGGGACACUCCCGAGGGAACUCGAGGCUGGUUGUCGCUGCCAGGGAAGAGUGGUCGGUGGAUUGACGGAGGAAAGGGGUCCAGGACACUUUGCUUGUGA